CAACCUGAGGUCUAGGUGAGGUGAAAGGCAAACUCUUUCCGUUAUGUGGGUGGGGCGGUACGAGACUCGGCAUGCCUUGCACAGUGCUGUAUGCUACCUGGAAGUCCUAGGCAUCUCAGGGAAUAUACUGGCUAAGGAAUAACCAGCUACCUAUCAAAGGUCAAGGGGCAGCUUCACAGAGCAGAGACCAGAAGAGGACUAACAAGGAGAGAUGGAAGAAGCACAAAACACAGCCCAGGCUCGGCAGGACAUAAAGCCCAAAGAGAAGGAAGAUGAGGAAGAUGAGGAGGAGGCAGCAGAAUCCAUGGCAACCACUGGCAGUCCUGGAAGCGCCGGAGUGUUUGCGAAGCGGCUGCAGAGGCAGUUCAGCCGGGCUCAGGAGAAGGUCUUACAGAAGCUGGGGAAGUCAGAAGAAACCAAGGAUAAGCACUUCGACCUGUGCUGCCAGAACCUGAACAAACAGCAGACUGACGGAAACAGGUUAUCCAAAGACCUAAAGGCAUACUACAGUUCUGUGAAAGUUAUGCGCGAGACCUCCAAACAGCUGUCACAGACGCUAAUGGGAAUCUACAGCUCUGACUUUGAAAGAGAGGAGGACCUAUCUCUUGUUAUGGCGAAGGAGGAGCGUCUGUGGAGUAACUUUGAGGAGAAGCUUGCAGAUGGCAGCAUCCGUAUCAUGGAUAAUUACAUGAAUCAGUUCCCUGAAAUCAAGGAAAAGGUGGCCAAGCGAGGCAGGAAGCUGGUGGACUUUGACUCCUCGCGCCACCACCUGGACGUGCUGUGUAACAGCAAAAAAAAAGACGAGGCCAAAAUAGCCAAGGCAGAGGAGGAGUUAAGCUUUGCUGGAGAAAUAUUUGAUGACAUCAACACAAAGCUGAGGGAAGAACUCACAGCUCUCUACCAGAGUCGCAAUGGAUGCUACAUAGAGGUCUUUCAGAACAUCUCAAGUUUAAGGGACAUUUUCUACCACGAAAUGUGCACGCUGAACCAUGAAGUGUUCAGCGUCAUGAAGAGUCUUGAGGCUCAGUACCCUGAUGAGGUGUCCACCAUUAGAGCACUGCAAUGCUCUGGCUCCAAAAAGAGGCGAUCCCGUGUACUGUCCCCCAUAAAAACUACCUUUCCAGCUCUGACGCGGAAAUUUAGUUUCCGGCAGAAUGAGAGGGACAAAGACUCUGACCUGGCCAAUUCAAAGGGGGCUAAUUCGGCACUGGAUCUGCAGAGCAAUACACCACCCAUGGCCCCCAGGACCCUGCGCACCGAGGAAGGUGCCCAGUCAGAAUGCACGGAUUCUGAGCUGAACUUCACAAGUGGCAAUGAAAUGUGCGAGGAGAAUUCAGAACCGAACAAAACUGCAAAUAAGGGUUCUGGUGAAAAUGUAGAUAUGGAAGAGGAAGGAGAGCAUUCAAAUGAAAAGAAAAAUGGGUUACCCAAGCCAAACCAUAGCCACACCGUAGAUGAAUCUGAGAAAUUGAGUGAGAAUGGGUUCCUCAAGAGCCCUGGUGACCCUGACCCAACAGAAAAGGAGGAAGGCCCAAACCCAGACUGUCCUACAUCUGACAAAGAUGACAGUGAUGCAGACAGUGCAGACAGAUCUGAAGCAGGGAACACCACAGGAUUAUAAAAUAAGCUGGAGGACGUGGAAAAAAGAACCACUUAAAUCCAUGGGAUCACAGCACAUAAAUCAACAGGAGCUGGUCUAGAAUACUGUCAGGAGCGCGCAGACGGAUGAACGCUGACUGCGCUUCCACCAUUUACUCAUGUUGCUGGCGGAACUGCAGAGUUUACCGAUCGACGAGGGAUUCUGUCAUGCUUUGCGGGGGUUUAUAAAGUUAGAUCAUGAAGGCAGAUAAUUCGGCGUUCAGCUAGUUAAAAGACAGCCUAGCGUUCUCCGUUUGACUCCAGAAUUACAGUUUAUAGACAGCAACAUGACCUCCUUUCCAACAGGACAGUGUAUUGCAAAGAUCGUACCAUGAAUCGGAAUGUGAUUGACUCACUUGCUGGCCUCCAAUCCACACCUUGAUCCGAAUCCUAAUCAGAUUAUAUUGAUUUUAUAAAAUUGAAUCAGUUGUUGACUGUUUUCACUAAAGACGUCCAGGUACGAAAAGCAUUUUUUUGAACACCAAAGCCAAUGUAUGAUAUAUGUAGUGUACGGAGCUGCAGGAAAUACCCUGCUAAGAGAACCUGAAGUUUUGCCAGUGUCGUGUUUAUUUAGGCUUUAUUCUAAAUUGACUGCUUUCGUCAUAUCAUGAAAAGGAACAAAAAUGUUUUAACAGACACUAUGAAAUGUAUUAGUAAAACGAAUAACCAGUUAACAUACUAAAUAAACGAAUCAAUGUAACAUGUUUUAAAGGUUUCUUUUUUAAAAAUAAACACCUGUAGAUUAAAUACAUAUACUAAAUUUAAAAUGCCAUUUCAGUUUUUCAGUAUUCAAAUAUUGGCAAGAAAUACAUCUGACAUUCACUAUGUAAAUAUAAAGAAACCAGUACAAAUACAGGCAAGAGUCUAAUAUUAGGUCGUUGCUACGUUAAAACAAAGCUAUUUACAGUAAGAUAAAACAGUUCCAUGUUACUAUCCUGCCUGUAUCUCGCCUGCUAAGUUACUCUAGUUAAGAGAUUGUGGCCAAUUAUGGGGGAAAAUAAAAAAGCAAACAGUCCUGAAAGGUGCCCAAAUACUCAAUAAGUCACAGGCAGAGGCAUAAUCCUUAGAGAGGCCUCGCUAUGCCACAGCCUGCUGGUGCGCAGCUUUAAUCGAGGCGGCGUUUUAUUUUGCAAAGGCGCAGCACGCAGGCGGGAGCGCGCCUCGACUGGGACCGCCGCGUGCUAGGUGGGCGCGCCUGUCUGUGUUUCGGCGGAUCUUUGAGGCUCCUGAGCUGGUGUUUUCUAGCUGAGCCGAAGACCCAUAAAAAUGACCAGUUGUGGUGUAAUUCGGAGAUAAAUACCCUCAAGAUAAAAGGAUAUAAAAAACGGACUUUGUCUUUCUCCGGAAUCUUUCACACUCAGGUUUUUUAGUAAAAGACACCCUGAUGGUCAACAUGACAGCAGCCCCUCACGCUACAACUCCUUUGUUACAAGGGCUCACUACCCCUCUGCCUGGACAUACAGACUCUAUUGUCAUUGGAGUGGUGGUGUUUUUUGUCCUGUUGACACUGGGGUGCCUGAGUUUCCUGCUGUACCGGUACAUGUGUGCAAACCGGGGAGACUACAGGACGACGGGAGAGCCUGCCCCGGGGGAAGACCUACAGGUGGAUUACGAUAAAGAGCCAGAUGACAAGAAGGAGUACUUCAUAUGAACAGCGUCUGGAAACAAGAAGAAGAAAUUUAAUAUAAUGGAUGCGGGAUAGAUGUUUGGGUCUCAAAGUUGGGUCUUGUGGCUGCUGGUAUGCGGGAUAGAUGAGAUGACUGUGGAAGUGAGCGGCAGAAAAGAGGCCUUAACAUUCGAAGCAGCAUCGGGGGAACCUCUGCCACAAACCCAAGGUACUUUCAGAUGGAGCAUCUCAAUAUUUUUCCUUUACAUGGCAGACCUAGUUCAUACAGUACAUGCAAUUUUGUUUUUACACAUUUGCUCAGUUGCCUUGACAAGUUCAAUACAUUUGUCUUGUAUCCAGGGUCAAUAAUUGAUUGGUUUCGUUUGAUGAGAUCAGAAGAAUUGGUUUAUUUUUUAUUAAAUUUAUUUUUAGGAAUUUUAUGUGCUGUCAGUCGCAAAACUUUUAAAUGCACAGUAUGGCAAUUAGACCCUGUUAACAUUAUCAAUGCAAUGUGGACAUGAUGGCAAACAGGAAAAUCGACAGCAGCACUACAAUGCUCUGUUAUAUGUCUGCCAUUCUGUCCUGUCAGGGGCUGGCAAGUAUGAGCCUGUUAACAAAUGUCAAGGGUGUACGCAAAGUGUUACUGACCCUGAAAUUUGUAAUGCGCCCUGUAUCCUCAAUCGGCCUCCCGUCUUUGUUACCGUGAACAAGGUGUUGGUGUUUGUUACCACUUAUAUAUCCAGUGUAAUAUUUUUAAAAUUCUUGGUGUUAGCCUUGAUGUUUUUUUCCUAUUAUUAUUAUUUUUAACACUGCACAGGGCAUUGCACGUGAGUCAAAUUUUGGACCACGUUAAAAAAAUUUUUUGAAGGUGAAUGAUAUUCAGUUUGUAUAACUGCUAAUGAAGGCUUUUUCCUGUUUGCGUUGCAGUUGUGGAAAAUAUUUAAGGAAAUAAAAUGUGAAGAUUAAA